AUGUCUGAAGUUUGUAUUUCGGAGGUUGAACUUAAGGUAUCUGAUGGUCUUCCGCAGUACAUUUGCAUGGUUUGUGCACAAAAGUUCGUUGACGCCUUCGAGAUUCGACAGCUAUUUAUAAAAUCGGAUGCAUAUUUGCGCGAACAGCUUCUCGCACCGUUGCUCGACCACGAGGAUAACGUUUUAAACUCCGUGCUCGAAAAUGGCGAGAUCCAGGUCAUCAAUCUCGAUAGUUUGGUUUUAUCCGGGGAUUGUUCCGUGCCCGUUUCCGACUUUGGCGACUUUAAGGAUACGACUUUUACGUUUUUCGAUGAAAAUGUUUUGGUUGAAGCUCUAAAGGCGCCCGUUGAAGGCAGUUUGAGCGAAGUUGCAAAGCAGCAACAUGAACUUUCGACUGCUUUGAACGAAAAUUCUGAGAAAAAUGUCGAAGUUCAGUUAGUUGUGACAGCGGAGGAUGACGAAGCGAUGUGCAAGGAGAUGGAUCCGGGUGAUAGUUUUAAGAAAAAAAAUAAAAAAGAGACAAAAAAUGUGGAAAAAACGAAAGUUGUGAGUGACGAGGCGAAGGAAUUUAUCAAAAAUAACCAGAAAGAAGACAAAUUUUAUUGUCUUCAUUGCAGCAAAGUGUUUCCCAAUCAAAUUUCGUAUCGCCGACAUCGGAACUACCAUAAAUUAGCCAAAACCAAAUGUCCGCUUUGCACGAGAUCCUUUACGCACAAGAGCAAUUUGAAGCGUCACAUGUUGCUGCACAAAGGAGCUCGUCUCGUCUGCGAUCGAUGCGAAAAAAAAUUCAACGAGCCCGUUUUGCUGUACGAACAUUUGAAGUUGCAUCGCGUCGAAGAUGCCUCGCGCGACAGUUACGUCAUGAAAUGCAACCUUUGCGGCAACGAGACUUGUUCUUACGCCAUUUUCACGAAUCACAUGCGAACCGUUCAUGGCGUCACGGAGAAAGUCAAGCCUUUUGUUUGUAAAAUUUGCGAUUUGCGGUUCACGUCGAAGCAGGGCAUGUUCCGGCACAUUGACAACAUUCACGAAAAUAAUCGGCGAAAUUUGCGGAAUCGCGAUAAAAAUUACUUGUGCAACGAUUGCGGCAAAUCUUUUCACACGAAUUUCCAUCUCGAGGUGCACAUCCGCUCGCAUACGGGCGUCAAGCCGUACAAUUGUCAGGUAUGUAACAAGAAUUUUUCGCAACUCUCCGGGCUCAAGAUGCACACGUACAUCCAUACGGGCGAGAAAAAGUACUCGUGCGAGGUGUGCGGCAAGCGAUUUACGCAAUUUGGGCAUGUGAAGGAACAUUUGCUCAUUCAUACGGACGAGAAACCCUUUCAAUGUCAAAUUUGUAAUCAUUCGUUUCGGAUUCGGGGCAACCUUAAUGCGCACAUGCAAACGCAUCUCGGCAAGAAACAUUUCGAGUGCAAUUAUUGCAACAAGAAAUUUUUGUACAACACAAAGUUGAAAAAUCAUAUGGAAAAGACACAUUUAAUUAAGCAACCACCUGUGCCUAUUAAAAUAGCUUUUGAUGCGGAUACAUGA